AUGACAUCCGCCACGAAUUUUGCGGCCUUGCGGGCAGUGGUGACCAUGCCAGAAUUUAUUUCAGGCUUGGAUGCUCUGAGUUUAAGCCACGAAAUCGGGCUUCCUGGAAAUGCCCGUCGUGGGUUAUUCAGUCGACUGAAGCCCAGGAGUAUUUGCAGCAUUCUGUGCAUGAGCUGGCGGACUUAUUUUGGACACCCAAUUGGGAAUCCUAUAAUCCGAGAAAAAAAUGAGCGGAAACAGGCAUUGGAAAAUCUCCAUCUUAAGGUGAAUGAGCUCCAGCUUUUGCAAGCCCAAAAUCUGUCUGCUGUUGACCUAAAGCGACUUGCCACUGCUAAGGUCCAACUUAAAGAAAGGUUGGCCGAGCAAAACUACUACGCAUCGAAGCACAAGUUUACCUCCGACUUCGAAAACGUGCCAGCGAGGAUAUCACCUUUUGCGAACGAAUGA